GGUUAGAAUGGCUGAACACAGAAGAGCCUCUUUCCGUUUACAAGGAUCUGUGUGGGAAAGUGGUUGUCCUUGACUUCUUCACGUAUUGCUGCAUUAACUGUAUCCACGUGCUGCCUGACCUCCACGCCCUGGAGCGAAGAUUCUCCGACACAGAUGGCCUUCUGAUUGUGGGUGUUCACUCAGCUAAGUUUCCGAAUGAAAAGGUCCUGGACAAUAUCAAGAGUGCUGUCCUUCGGUACAACAUCACCCACCCUGUGGUUAACGAUGCAGACGCCAGCCUUUGGCAGGAGCUUGAAGUCUCCUGCUGGCCAACACUGGUCAUACUGGGACCUCGUGGAAACAUGCUGUUUUCUUUGAUUGGAGAGGGACACAAAGAUAAACUGUUUUUAUAUACUUCUAUGGCUUUAAAGUAUUACAAAGACAGGGGACAGAUCAGAGAUGGCAAGAUUGGAAUAAAACUCUUUAAAGAGUCUCUGCCACUGUCACCAUUGCUGUUCCCUGGCAAAGUAGCAGUGGACCACGCUACUGGCAGACUGGUGGUUGCAGACACCGGGCACCACAGAAUCUUGGUCAUUCAGAAAAACGGGCAGAUUGAGUGCAGCAUCGGAGGACCUAACCCUGGAAGAAAAGAUGGAAUGUUUUCAGAGUCAUCUUUUAAUUCUCCACAGGGUGUAGCUAUCGUGAAUAAUGUCAUCUAUGUGGCCGACACUGAAAACCACCUUAUAAGAAAGAUUGACCUAGAAGCUGAGAAAGUGAGCACUGUAGCUGGCGUUGGUGUUCAAGGGACAGAUACAGAGGGGGGAGAGAGAGGCGAGAAGCAGCCCAUCAGCUCCCCUUGGGAUGUCGUGGUUGGAACCUCAGAUUCAGAAGUCCAAAGAAAUGACAUCCUGUGGAUAGCCAUGGCCGGGACUCAUCAGAUAUGGGCUCUCCUCCUGGACUCUGGCACACUGCCAAAGAAAAGUGAACUGAAAAAAGGAACCUGCCUUCGUUUUGCUGGGAGUGGAAAUGAAGAGAACCGAAACAAUGCCUAUCCUCACAAGGCGGGGUUUGCCCAACCCUCAGGUCUCUCUCUGGCCUCAGAAGACCCCUGGAGCUGCCUCUUUGUAGCAGACAGUGAGAGCAGCACAGUGAGAAGCGUCUCACUCAAAGAUGGAGCCGUGAAGCACCUUGUAGGAGGAGAGCGGGACCCCAUGAAUUUAUUUGCUUUUGGUGAUGCUGAUGGAGUCGGCAUCAUUGCGAAGCUUCAGCAUCCACUUGGGGUUGCAUGGGACCAGAAGAGGAGUCUGCUGUAUGUCGCAGACUCGUACAACCACAAGAUUAAAGUUGUAGAUCCAAAAACAAAACUCUGCACAACACUAGCCGGGACCGGAGUUGCAAAUGAUGUUGUUUGCAGUUUUGCGGAGUCGGCCUUUAAUGAGCCUGGAGGCUUAUGUGUCGGUGACAGUGGCCGGCUGCUGUAUGUAGCAGACACUAAUAAUCACCAGAUCAAAGUGAUGGACCUGGAAGCAAGAACAGUCUCUGUGCUCCCGAUCCUGAAGCCUGGCAGUGUUGUGGUAGAUGGCCCCUUCGCUACAGAGAAGCAGAAGACAGCGCCCAAAGUACCCAAGUCUGCCCCCAACAUUCAGCUCCCCCCUGUGCCUGUGUGUCCUGGCCAGACUCUGCAACUCAAGCUCAAGCUGGACCUUCCACCAGGGGCAAAGCUCACAGAAGGUGUGGCCAGCUGCUGGUUCCUGACCGCUGAAGGCAAUGAGUGGCUUCUUCAGGAACAGAUCCCAUCUGGAAACAUAGAGAAUAUUUCCAAUCAACCCACAAUUUCACUUCAGAUUCCUGCUGAGUGCUUGUCACUUGAAGCUGUGAUAUCCGUCAGCGUGUUUCUUUACUACUGUAGUGCAGACAGCAGUGCCUGCAUGAUGAAGGCAAUCUUGUUCCGGCAACCUUUGCACAUAACCGAUACCCAGCCAGGCUGUGGAGCUCCUGUAGAGCUCACACAUGUAUUCUAGAGAGCCAGCUGGAAGGAAGCCCCCCACCACAGCUUCCCACUACAACCCACCAUCCAUCCUCCAUCUGCCGUUUAGGGGGAAAAGCAUUAUAGAAACCCAUUGCUCACUUGUGACAACUGAUACCAGAAUAAAGUUGUGCUCCUUAUUAAUGUUUUAAUUCUAAACCAAUUCCUUCAUUUCAGCUGUGCACUAGCCAAGUCAGGGAGCAUCAUUUAAACCACAGUAGUGUGAGCUUUGCUGCGUCUUUGGCACAAGGCUGCAGUCCAUGCUAUGUUAGGUAAUAUACUUUUUAGUCAAUACUAACAACACCAGGGUUUUAAGUGACCUCUUCUGCCUUUAUCAGUGGCUGUCAGCCCAUUUCAUGUGUGAGCUGUAUAGUAACUGGACAGGGCCUAAGCUGUGCGCCUUUAUGUGAGAUACCUCCAGUUCAGUUAGUGUCUAAGCUAACAACUAUGCUCACUAGAAGCUGAGGGAGCACAUGAGUGGUUACUUAUUCUCUCUUCUGUGUUUUUUCAAACCUGAGGUAUUUUUCAAAGAGAGUUUUAAUCUAUUUUUAUAAAUUAUUUGUUUUGACAUGCCAUUACUAAUGCCUUAUAACUUUAUACAGAAAAACAAUUUCUAGGGGCAUGCAGACCUACUCUUAACUAUUUCUCAAAUGAACACAUUCCUAGCAGACAAUGCCCACGUCCCCAGAGACAUGCUGACUUUUGAGGUGGGGGUCAGGCCAUGUUGCUGUGUGAGAUAGUUUAUUGUAAUGGUAGAACUUGAUAUAAGUGAGUAUUGUGUUGUUUUGGAAAUUUAUACUUCAGUUUUAAGAGUUAAAUACAGAUUUAUUGAGUUUGGGUUUUUUGUUAUUGUUUUGGUUCCCAUAUUUAGAAUUUAAAUUAUGAUCUUUAAUUCUGAUAUUUUAAAAGAUCACAUGUAAACCUUCAAAUUGCUGUUGUCAAUAUAAAAUAUUUUAAUGCAGUUGUUAUCCUAAUAUAUUUUCAUUUAAAGUAUUAGGGCUGAAACACAGUGGUUUGCUUACUGUUCUGGUAUUUCUUUUUUUUUUUUUAGCCUUAUAAGAAGCAUCACUGAAAGGGAUAGUGGAGUGUAAUUCUCAUUGUAACUGUGAUUAUCAUAGAUUAUCAUCGUAACUGUGAUUAUCAUAGAUUAUCAUCGUAACUGUGCAAAACCUGUUUGCUUGUUUAAAACAGACUCGGCGUAUUUUUAUUUAUUCAUAUUACAAUAUUUCAGAAACUUCAGUUGAACCCUGCCUAUAAAUUCACUAAGUAUCUGUAGACAGUCUGGUAUAGCGUGCCUUCCUUCCACAAAAGUACUAGAUACAAAGUGUAAUUAUCUAAGUAUCAUUCUACAUAUGUGUUGAUUGAUUUUUAAAGCGGUUUUGACAGGUAAUAUUUGUUUGUUUUAUUAUUGAGUUAGCUAAAAACCUUCUGAAAUAAUAACAUAUAGAUCAUGACUUUAAUUAGUAACCUACAGAAGCUCCUUUCAGGAGAAAUGCAAAUGGAAGGGAAAGGGACCUUGGUUAGCGUUAUACACAUUACCUCAGAAACCCUGGCUUCUAGAACUGGCUGCAGCAGAGGCCCAGUAGCCACAGUGUGAAGCUGCUGUGCCGUGCGUGGUGAGUGAGUGCCCUGAGUACAUUUCAGCCUUGUUUGAAUCACUCUCUAGAACAGAGGAUAUACAGCUUAACUAAUGUAGAAAUAAUGGUCAUUUAUUUCCACUCUAAAAACACAGUGUUUAUUCUGUACUGUCAUGUACCUUAAAGAUCCCAAAACCCUCUUUAGAUUGCAUUUGUUUUCCCUUUAUCUGGAUAGAAUCUUAGUUGAGUCUUCAGAGACUGAGUGGUUCCUUGAUCUUUAAAAUACAGUUUGACUUCUCCUUCUCACCCCUGCCUUUCCACACUGCUGUUUACACUAUUGGUGGUGGGUUAAUGUGGAUUAAGAGAACUCACACUGAACAAUGCACGUAGGUUCCUAGAUUCGUGGGUGACAUAAAUGUCACAUAAGGAAACACUUCAGGACCUUCUGUUUUCUCUAGAGCUUUUUAAUUGUUUCAGGGCCUGUCUACUUUGUGGUUCAUACCACUGAGAUAAGGAGUUUUGGCCAUGGAAAUUUGGAGAACAUAAUGAAAAUGUGUAACUAUGAUUUUCCACAUAUUCAGUACUUGACUGUUAGUUUUUGUCUAUCAACUGAAGAGACUUCAGCUUAGCUGUUGCCUUUGGCAAGAUGUUUAAGUCCAGUCACCAAAGACUAGAGUUGUAACUCAGUAGGACGACGUUUGUUUGGUGUUUGCAGAGACCCUGGGGUCAGUCCUCAGUCAGGAAGAAUCAUCAAAAGUGAAGUUUUAUAGAGAACAAUCACAUAAAAGUGUUUGCAGGAGGACUGUAAUAUUUCUAAAGGAGCAAACUUUGGUGUUUCCUUUAAUUCUACUUCUCUCUUUUUCCGAUCAUCAGUACUUCAGGAAGAAAUCUAAUAUUUUUGAAGAUAAAUCUGAGUUGUAAGCACUAAUAGCUUUUCUAAAGCUUCUUCUAUUAGAAAAGAUGGGGCAUAGUUUAGAGUCCUUUCAUAUACUGGUCUCCCUUAAAGUGAGUUGGUGAGGACAGGAAUAAUUACGGUGUUUUUGUCGUGUAGCACAGUGUGGUGGCAAGGGUAUGGGCUCUGCAGCUAAGUCUAACCCUAUAAAGCAGGGCUGCCUGGGCUUGCUGCCAGGAUUCAGUGAAAUGUUCACACGGCAUUUAGCACGGAGUAAUUUAUGAACUGCUACUUAUCAGUUUAGUGACUAAUAAUGACAAUAAUUUAUGGCCACAGACACGGGCUUGACAUUUUCUUCACAACUCCAAUUUCUAAAGCAAAAUAUUUCUUCACCAUUUCACAUGUUAGUAGACCCAAUAGAAUCUGGGCUCAAAAGGAAAAGAACACUUUGUGGUAGGAUGGAUCACUAUUUCACACACACCUCUGUUGAUAAAGAGGCACCUCCAUACUGUAGAGAAGUAUUGGAAAAGACCUUCUGGAAUUUUAACCGGUCAAUGUGCUCAAUAGAGAAUCCAGACAUAGCUGGAGCCCUCACCACACUCUUACAACGUGUACAAGCAAUCUUCAGACUGUGACCUAGGAGUGCUGGGAGGGUGUGUCACCCUGGGAGGCUGUUGCCCAGGAUCUUAACCUGCUUUCACCUGUAUUUCCUGGAGUGGGCUUCAGAACAAGGUACAGACCCGACAGGUGUGUGCCGCGCAAAGAAGGGAGCUGCUCUGGCGUAUGGGUAGUCUGUCUGUCAGUCAGGAAGCCCUGGGAUAGAGUCCAGUGCCUAGAACAGGACCUAGAAGGCGGGUGCACUGGGCACCCUCAAAUGACUUGUGUGACUAGUGAGCCCAGAGCUUGAUUCCCUUACAAGAUGUAGAGUGGAGAGCCUGUUGAAGGAGGAGUGCUUUCAUGUCUGCCUCACUGAGCUCUUCACCUGCUGGUGCUUUCCCACACGCUCUGUGUGUCCACAAUGUAUCCUCACUGCAGCCUGCCAGUGGAGGAAGUGCAGAGCCUGGACAGCUGUCUGCCCUGCCCGCUGCCUGCUGUAUCUUCUGUUAGACAUGCAUAGUUCACAUACUUCGUGCCUUUGUGUGGUAACUUAUCAAUCCAGAGAAUUCCAGGAGCCCUAGGAGUGAUUGUUUUUGAAAUUCAAAUAAUGCCAUUUAAAUUACAUGACUUUUCAUAGACUCUCACCACCUGGGCCUUGGAAUGGUAUGUGUAAUUGUUAUUUCCCAAAGGGUUUUCUGUGCCCCUAGUUUCUGCUGUUAUCCCCAGUUUUUCUCUCGGCAGGUAUGUGUACAGAAACACCAGUUAUUCCAGUAGGACCGUCCAAGUGGCCUUGUCAUGAAGAACGGGGCUGGCAUAGUCCCUGAAAAGUUCACUCAUUUGAGACAAUGCUUUGUGAACCAAAGUGAGGUGCAGAAGUAUGAGAUCCUCUGCCCUCCUGAACCCUUAAUGGUUCUGGUGUAGCCACCCCUAGUGAAUCAGAAGUCAUUCCUGAGGUCAGCUUGGCAUUGUAAGGUGAACUGCUGCGUGUCGGUGAUGCUUUGAUGGGAUGCUUUGCAUCCCAGUAGCAUGGCAGUGACAUAGUAUUGUGUGGUGAGGAACACACUGCUGUGUCGUAAAUGCGUUCCUGGUGUCCAUGUGACACCUGUCUGAUCUUGACCGUGGUAGUAGCCACAUGCCUUAAUGUAGACCACAAUGCUAAUCACCGAGAUUGUUUUUCCACCACCCUGCCCUAUAGCUGACAUGAAGAAUUGGCAGUCACCCUUUGUCACUGUUUUACCCCAGCUUUAAUGAAGUUUGCUUUUCUCUGUUUCAUUGCAAUAGGGUAAUAGAAAGAAUGGCCGUAAAAGCCACAGGCUGUGUAAUUGAACCACAUGGCAUUCUGUGACUAAUAAACCUUGGCUCCAGCUUGUGCUGACUUGUGAUGUAGGCUGGUGCCCCAACUCUCGGAUGACCGUAGAGUACAAGGCUGGAAGAGGACCAGGGCACAAGCUCUCCUUCAGGCUCUUCCAGCCCAGCAUUUGCCAUAGUGUGCUGCUGGGGUUUAAUCAUUGCCAGAGGUUAGAGUUGAAAAGCUAAAACCCUAGAUGCUUGUGGCAUGUGUGCCUCGCUAUAGUUACUCAUUCUCCGUGUGUCCUUUCCUCCCCUGGCGUGUCACUCCAGUGUGUCUGCCGCCAUUCUGAAGUUGGCAGCCUCCUGAAAAGAACUGUGAGCAUUUUCAAGUGCACUCCCCUGUGUGCACAUCAGCCUUGGGUUAGAAGCGAGCACUAAGCCAGCAGUCCUGUACCAAAAGUGUUGUCUGGCCUGCCUAAGAAAUGGACUUGAGCAGAAUCACUUUUUUAAACAUUAAAUCUGAGGUUGUUAAGUGUAGACAAGCCCUUGGUACUCUUAGGAUACUUAGUUACAGCUUUCCACUUGAAGUAAAAUAAAAUAAAAAGGAGGGUCAGUGUCCUCUGAGAUGCUGACAGUUCACAGGGAAUUAGAUUUUAUACCCAGUUUCAUGGAAAAUGUUGAGAUAAAUAAGACAUAAGGGGAAAAUACACAAGUCCCUAACAUAGCCAUUGAGCUAUCUUCUAUUUUAAAAGUUAUUUUUCUUUUUAGUUCCCCCAGAAACAUAAGGUGGUUUUUGUUUGCAUGGAGUUGGAAUGUGCUGUUGAUGCAUGCCUGUGAUGUCAUCGUGGCACCCUCAGAGCAGCUGUAGUUCCUGGAGAAACUUUGCUGAGGAGCCAAGGUUCCACAGAGAACUGAAUGGGUAGAGCCUUGGGUGAUUUCUCUAGAGUCCUAGUAAGGUCUCAGUUUUCAAAGGCAGGGAACCCGGACCCCGUGUGACUCCAAAUUAACUUGUCUUCUUUGCAGUAAAUUUUCCUAAUGUACAUGGGCUGAUGGUGUAGUUCUAGACCCCUCGGUAGGAGUGCACGGAGAGUCGGUGCUGACACCAUGUCUGUCAUUACUUCAUGCUUGCGAGGUACUCAGGAUUUCCAUCUGUCCAUCUUUCCUUCAAGAUACGGUUCCUAGAGGCAUGUGUCACGUUAGACUCUUUCCCAUCUUGUGUGAAUAAGUUUUGUAAUUUCAUUUGUGAGACUAGAGGUGGUCUGCCAUGGUGACAUUGUGCCUAAACAAUGCAAGUUCUAGACAUGGUUUGGUCCUAAAAGAAUUUACCUGCUGUGCAUUGUUAAGUGUUUAAUGUAGAUGGAUUAAUAUAUUUUUUAAGCACCUGGUAUUUUACAUUUAUUUUUAGACUAAACUCAAGUGGUUUUUUAAAGAGUGCUGUUAGGUGGAAUGAGAGUGUGGUGGCCUUCAUUAACUUAAAAGAUAUGAUUCCUGGGGUCCUGGGGUCCUGGGAAGCAAGAGUGUGUUUCUACUGUAAAGUGUGACUCCUGGGGUCCUGGGAAGCAAGGGUGUGUUUUUAUUGUAAAAUGUGGUUCCUUGGGUCCUGGGAGGGUGUGUUUCUACUGUAAAGUGUGAUUCCUGGUGUGUUCUACUGUAAAGUGUGACUCCUGGGGUCCUGGGAAGCUGUGUUUCUACUGAAAAGUGUGACUCCUGGGAAGUGAGGGUGUGUUUCUACUGUAAAGUGUGACUCCUGGGGUCCUGGGAGGGUGUGUUUCUACUGUAAAGUGUGAUUCCUGGUGUGUUCUACUGUAAAGUGUGACUCCUGGGGUCCUGGGAAGCGAGGGUGUUGUACUGUACAUGGAAACCUAAACCUCUUUUCCAAAGCUUUGUAUUUCUUUUUCAUGAAAUAGAUUAAAUAUUUUAUCUCUAA